UGUUGUACUUCGUCGCGCUUGGUCGGAUUUAUUCUGCACUGUUCCACCAGCACACUUACAGUGGACUGACAGAGGUUCGGAUUCGUAGCAAAUUGCUCAAGAAGUUUAAAAGAUAAAUCGUUGUGUUCGGUGUGUCUUAAAUUUGUCUACGGUCGCCAUUUCAAGCUCCUGGAUUCCGUUGGAAAAACGACUGUGAUAUGCUAGUUCCUGUAGUCAGCUUAUUAGAUGAAAGUUAGAACAAGUGCUGGCAGUGAAAUCAGUGUGAUAUUAGAAGCUGAAAAUGUCGCUCAAUGAGCGUCUGUGAUAUAAUAGUGUUAGCGCCAAACAAAAAAACGGACGGAGCCUUAUCGUGAACACUUUUUCUUUCAAGUGAUAAUCACACGCAAGAUUAGUUCAAAGCGACCAAUCUAGGAUUCGCGUUUCGGACGGCGAUGUACAGUGAUAAGAGGCGCAGUGUUUACGUUGAAAGUAGCGGUGAUAAGGACAAAUGUUUCCCAUAUUCUAUUCUUUGGAGACAUCAGCAGCAACAACAGCAACAGCAGCAAAAACAACAACAGUCUCAGCAGAUGGCUCCAUUCCAGCAGGCUCCCAUAAAUCCGCUUAUCAAUGAAUGCCUUGCACAUUCGGUUUCGCCUGGAUCUGCUUUCUACACGAAAACUAUGGUGACCGAUGUGGGCAUAUGCUUUAGCAUGAGCAACGUCAAUUUGAACAGUGACUGUCCACCGUACCUUGGCCAUCCGUCGCUGUCCGUCCUCGGGAAAGGCUAUGCCAACGAAGUCUGGGCACCGGCAAAUGGUUCUGCUGCUGCUUCCGCACUUGCCAAAUACCGGUCGACAACCCCAGCGUUCAAACCGCGAAACCGUACUCCACCUAACCAUGUUUCCUCUUCCCAUUCGCCACCGUCAAGCGCUCCCUAUGCGGCUUCCUAUAGUCCUUAUUAUUUUGCUCACCCGAAAAUUCCUAUCAAGAUCUACAACAAUCGUAAUCAUUUGUAUCCUUCAAACGCCGGUCGGUCGACGGAUGAUCCAACGGAAGCAGUUUACGGUCAUGAGUUAAACAACUACUACGGAUAUACGAUUACGGACUCUCAGACCGCCGAACCGAAUAAAUAUCUACUGGACGAAUCGCAUCGAAAUGCCCACCAUACAUACCUAAACAAUCACUGCUACGAUAUCUGCAUGAACAAAGCUAGCGGCGAAAUGGAAACCAUGGUGGACUCACUAGGUUCACGUGACGCACUUCCGGCGGAUAGCCCUCCGAUUAACGUAGUUGAUGGUGGUGAUGAACCGGCGGUGAGUGACGGAAGUGACGGUGAAUCCACGCUGCUAGAUCAGCAAGAAGAACCGCAGGAUUUUAGCCUCAAGGGACCAACCUCCGACGGAAACUGGCUCAGUAAUAACGCAACUCAACCGAUGGACGACGUGCUGCCGGCCGAUGAAGAGUGCAGCCGACGUACGGCGGCACCCAAGAAGAAGUGGAUACGGCAGCAUUUGAAGGAUGAACCUCUCGUAAACGGACAUUCCACAGCACCACCGCUCGUUGUGAUAUCGACCAAUGGUAGCAGCAGUAGCAACAGCAGCACCAUCAUCAGCCACCAGAAACACCAUCCCGCCUCUUCCCUUACGAUUGAUCUCUCUACCAAGAGCAGCACCGGCAACGGUCAUUCGCAUCUGUCCAGCACGCCACCAUCGUCCGGCUGUUCGUCGUCAUCCUCUACGCUUACCAUCUCGCCAGUGGAUGAUUCGCAAUCGUCGCUGAAUCUGAGCAGCGGCUCCAGUGGCUACAUCACCAGCAACAGUGCCAACAGUUCCAGCUCGCUGAAUCUCAGCGGCAGCAACAGCGGAUCCUCCCCGCUUCCCCUGGCCGGUGCGACCAUUAACGGUGUUGUCGUCCACGGUUCCAAUUCUCCCUCGCUGCCCCAUGAUCUCGUUAUCGUACAGCAGCAACAACAACAGCAGCAACAGCAACAACAACAGCAACUUAGUCAUCUGGUUGGCCAAACACUCAGUCACAUACCGACCGGCGGCCGACGGAGGACCACCAGUUCCAACAGCAAUGGCGUCGGUACCCGGGAAGUGCACAACAAGCUGGAGAAGAACCGCCGGGCCCACCUGAAGGAGUGCUUCGAGCAGCUGAAGAAGCAGCUCACGAUGCAACCGGACGAGAAGAAAACCUCCAACCUGUCGAUACUGCACGCCGCAAUACGGUAUAUUACGAUGCUGAAACGCCGGGAGCGUGAGUACGAGCACGAGAUGGAACGGCUGGCGAAGGAGAAAAUUGCCGCCCAAAAUCGGAUACUGGUGCUCAAGCGGGAGCUGUCCCAGUGGGGUGAUGUGGACUUUUCCCGACUCGCAACGGACACCGCCGAGCCGGUCCCGAGCGGGGCCAGCGGCGGCACUGUGCUGUCAGACAGAGAUCUACUGAACGACGCUCCGGGCGUUGCACCAGGCCGCAAUGGACUGCGGUACAGUUCAUCCAGUUCAUUGUCCAGUGUUGCAACGACGGCCUCCCUGAGCAACUUACCGCUCCAAACCACCAUCUCACCUGUGAUGAUGUCCGGUUCAUCGCCGACACGUGCAAGUCCACCGUCAACCUCCACGUCGCUGUCGGUGAAUCGAAGCACCAACUCCCCGGCCGCCAUUCCGCUGUCGCUCACCACCAAGGGGAGUCCGAUACCGGUCGCAGUAGCCGUAUCCGCUGAUACGCACAAUGGCAGCGGCUCGCCGUCGCCUUUGAAACUUGCCGUCAACAGCGGAACCGGUAAUAUACCGAACGGACUCAACUUGAAUGCAAUGCCUGCUAGUAACAACAGCAUGUCGAAUAGUGGCAGUUUCAACGGGACCAGUACAAAUACCACUCUGCCGUUGUUUGUCGGUGCAAACAACAUCAAUCAAUCUCAGCUGUUCACACCUGUGACGGCUACCAUUCUGACAGCAGGUGGCGGUACCUCCAUCCAGACGCUUCCGUUAAAUCUGAACGUAACAUCCACCAUGUCCAACGGGGGCUCCCAGCACGGUCACGUAGUGUCAUCCGCACCACCAACCGCCGCCUCCGGUAUUAAUGGGUUCACCGGUUCAACUCCGAGCAGUUUGCAGAUCAUUGGUAAGACCGCUAACGGUACCACAAUCCCGGCGGGGCUUAUCAGUGCCAGUACCGGCAAGGAGCUGAUCAAUGGCACCCGGCUCCCGAAGAAUGGUUUUCGCACCGAUGGCAACAAAAUUGAAAUUAUCACAGCCCCCACGAGUGGUGGUUCCUCACUUGACCAACCAGCCACGAAGGUGAUUAAAUUGGUCAACGGAAACACCAUUGUGGGGUUGACCGCGGUCGAUAAGGUUGUUCAGCAAGGUGGACUUAUGGUCAGUCCAAUUCAACUGCUGGCCUCUGCCCAAGGUCUCCGUGUUAUUCAGCAAGCGCCCAAUGGGUUGGCCACCAUUGAACUCAGUACACCUGCUAAUGUGCAAACACAGUCAAAUCCAGCCCAACGAACCACCGGUGGUAGCGGAAGCAUGCACAGCACCACCGCCAACAACAUUAAUACUACCAGCUCAUUGCAUUUAUCCAGUCAGCCAUCUACUAUUCAGUCAAGCCAAACAUCAACCCACCAAUCGCAGCAGCAUCAGCCGCAACAUCAAAUCCAACAAAUGACCAGUGCCCAGCUGCACAAACUUCUGCUAAGUUCCACUGGGACCAACGGACUCAACGGGUUCACCAAUGGUGGCAACGGUAUCGUAACUAGUGCAGCCUAUUCCAACGGGAACACGACUAGCAUCACACCGGAACUGGCUCGAUUACCAGGCGGAGCCGAACUGAACAUAUUGCCGGCUGGCACUAACGGUGCCACGGCGCUGCCCCUCUAUCGGAGCACCGGGGGCCAACAGGGAAAGCUUUCCUUCGUGAAUGCUAUCUCCACCGUUGGCGGUACCGGACUGACGUUGAAAGGUACCGAUUCCACAGUAUCCAGCAACGGUAACCGAACGGCUGUACACGUGGUCACACCUAUUCAGACCAGUGCCGGUCAUUUAUCGGGCUUGACACCGGUCAUGGUUUCCCGCUACGAUCCGGACAGCAGUCUGCCUGCUUUAUUCACCACGACUGCCACCGGGCCGCAAGCAACCACUCAGUUGGGCAAGGUGGUAAAAACCGUCGGACAGUCAGCAAGUGGCCUGCCCCUGAUUGCGGCCACCCCGAAUGCCCAGUAUCUGAAUACGGUUCUCAAACCGUCCACGAGCACCACCACCGGCAAUAGCGAAGCGACCACAGCCAACCUCAUUCUACUGAACAGCAAUAAGGGUCAAUCGCUAUUAUCAGCAACGCCGCCGACUCCGCCACCACCGCCGAUUGCGAUGUUAACCACCACAGAGGUCACCGCAAACGCCAACUAGUGCCAGCGGCGGGAUAGGAGAAGGCCACUCAACCGGUUUCGAGCCAGGCAGCGAACAAGCGUAUCAGCGUCCGGCAGCAGCAGGAGAGAAAAAGAAUCAAGAAUACAGUGCGCUUCCAGAGGUGUGAAAGGAACCCACGAAUUCAAUUAAUCUAUUCGUCCGACUUUCUGGACAAAGUCCUCUUGCGAAAUAAAAGAAAAAAAACAAAAAUUCAAAAAAACAUUGUAAACUAGUACUAUAUGAUAUCAUUACCCCAGAUUGCAAGUACCACGUAGAAGAGCAACAAGCAAACAUGUGUAAUUUAUAAUUUGUUUUUUUCUAAAAUUAACUGUAGCUCAAUUUUAUUUUUUAUUCCAAUUUUUUAAAAUCCUGCAAACGAUACAAAUCAAAAGAGGAACCACGAAGAGAAGAGAAGAAUGUAUGUAGAGAUGUGUAGACCACACUUAGCAAGUACCGAAGUAAGGCGAUAGUUUGUAAAACUACCGCGAAAUCAAUUUAAGACACUCAAACACACAAGUUUACAAACAUAAUAAAAUUAAGCAGGCAACACAGAAACUAAGUAGAAACGAAACCCAACCUAACAUUUUAUUGUAAAUAUUUAAGACAGCCAAGCCGCGAAAAACAGGAGCACACAUACAUACACACACACACGAACAAGCAAACGCUUAAACAAGCGUUAAGGUGUAUUGAAGUUCUCUUCUUUGUAUGGUAAAACAUAAAGUACAGUAUUUAAUUGAUAAUGAAAAGAAGCAGAUGAAAACAAGAAAAAAGAAAAUAUUUGUUAACGGAACACAGCAUACGAAUUGUGGCUCGAAGCUGCGGCUGAUGGGCGACACCAAAAAACAAACAAACAGCUAAACAAAAAGCUAAAAUAAACAAACAUACGGUUUACUCAUUUGUGCAUGGUACAAAUUAAUCGAGGUGAAUGAGGAGACAGUAAAAAUGCAGCGCGCAUGCGCGAGAAAUAAGAGGUCAAAAAACAAAAAAAAAUCGAUAUGCAUAAGUGUACUGCGCACUUGUGGAGACAGAAGGAGGAAGUGUGUGCAAGCAUGGUGAGCACUAGAAAUAACUUAUAAAUGGAAAUGUUCGAUAUCACAAGAGAACAAAAAUAAAAAUGUACCUAUUUGAGAAGAAAACACACA